UUUUUUUCCUCUGGUGAAAUGUAAUGAGUUUCACAAAAAACGAAAGAUACGGAACGUAGGAAAUAACGAUAAAAAUGAUAAACAAUCGUAUUAUCAAUAACAAACUCAAAUAUUCAAUUAAUGUUUGCUGAAUAAGUUGUUAUUAUACAACGUCGCACCAGCACCGAACGUCAUCAACGAAGUUUGCACCCAACUGUCAAAUUUGACUUCUUUUCGUACCGUCAAAUUAAACGUCAACCAGCGUUUCAGUUGUUUUGAUGUGUAAUUUGUAGAAAAGGGGAAAACUGGGAAAACACACAUUUCGAGUGGUGUUGGUAUUUGUUGGCAAAACAAAUAUCGGGGUGGUGCAAAGCCUAUAUUUGAAUGUGUCCACGUCCGUACCCGUGUAUCGAUUUGCUUUCUGUGUUACUGUCCGUUCGAUAGCCGUGUGCUCAAGAUGAAGGUGACCGCUGCUCACAGCAACAACCUGAAGUACCUCAGCCUCGUCACACUCACGCUGCAAAAUGCAAUCCUUGGGCUCAGUAUGCGGUAUGGCCGGACGCGACCGGGUGACCUGUUUCUCAGCUCUACCGCGGUUGUGAUGGCGGAGGUGGUCAAGCUAAUCACCAGCCUGGUCCUCGUGUAUCUCGAGGAGGGAAAGCAUCUGGGCCGGCUACAGGCCGCACUGCAUCAAACGAUCAUACGGCAACCGGUCGAUACGCUCAAGAUCUGCGUACCGUCAAUGUUGUACAUUAUACAGAACAACCUGCUGUACGUGUCGGCAUCGCAUCUGGAUGCGGCCACAUAUCAAGUCACCUAUCAACUGAAGAUACUGACCACGGCGGUGUUUGCGGUGCUCAUUCUACGACGUCGCCUCUUGCCCACCCAAUGGGCCGCCCUCGUCUUCCUGGUGGUCGGUGUCGCCAGUGUACAGCUGGCACAGACCGGCGAAGACGGUGGUACUGCUGCGACACGUCAACAAUCAAUGCCACCAGGCGAUGGACCGGCGCAAAACCGGCUGCUCGGGUUCAGUGCGGCGCUCGGUGCCUGCUUCCUGUCCGGGUUGGCCGGCAUCUACUUCGAGAAGAUGCUGAAAGGUGCGGACAUCUCCAUCUGGAUGCGAAACAUACAGCUGAGUCUACUCUCGCUACCGUUCGGAUUGCUAACGUGUGCGGUAAACGAUGGUGCACAGCUUGCUGCCCAUGGGUUCUUCUACGGUUAUGAUGGGUUUGUCAUCUAUCUGGUCGUCCUGCAAGCGGUCGGUGGUUUGAUUGUGGCCGUCGUCGUCAAAUAUGCGGAUAACAUACUGAAGGGUUUUGCCACCUCGCUCGCCAUCAUCAUCUCGUGCGUUGCCUCGAUCUAUCUUUUCGAUUUCAGCCUUUCGUUACAGUUUUCCGUCGGUGCAGCGCUAGUAAUUGGUUCGAUUUUCCUGUACGGUUACGAUCCAGCAAGCAAGGGUACAAAGUCGGUGCUGAGUGUCGCACGGACUACACCCAAAAGCCUAGCCGAGGCGGAAGAGCGACUGCUUGCGGAAAAGGUUUAGAGCGGUGUCUCGCAAACAGUUCCGGUAAGAAGGCGCAAGACUCGAAUCUGGAAAAUGUUGAUUGAACUUUUUCCAUAAUUAUAUUUACACUGGAGAACGCCUGAACCGACGGUGUUCGAAAAUCUUUAUGUGUGUCGGUUUACGCAAGUACGGAUCAUCGUUUGUUUUUGUUUCUUUUUAGUGAUUCAAAAACUCUCUUGAUUUCUCAAAAACUCUUUUCUUGGUUCAGAAUGAAUGAAGUGGCAGUUCUGGCAAUAUUUUGAUACAAAACAUUAUAGGAAGUAACUUCAAAAUACAAAGGGCAGCCUGGUGGUGUAUGUGAUAAAAGACGCCGGUUCUACACGACAGGACCGGGUAUCAAAUCCCAUUCCGGACUACGUGGUAAAAAUAAGUCUUGAUACCAUGAUUUCUGACCAUCAUCGUGAUGAUGAUACCAUGAUUUCUGACCAUCACGAAGAAAAUGAACAAAAAAACGAAGACUUUCCUGCGUAAAUGUUUCACCGGAAGUUAAUUUUCAAACGUCCAAGCAUAAGACGUUCGCCGGCUGUAGCUUCUUUUGUGGUUCGUACACAGGUGAACCACACAUCACUGUUAGUCAUAGGCAAAAACGUUAGCAAAUAAGCAAUACUAUCAAAUGAGCGUCUCUAGCGGGCAAUAGUGUGUGGGUAAAAUCACGAGGGCCGGGGGGGUGUACUAUGAAACUUCAAUUUGUUACUUAGCAGAAUCGGAAGCUGUAUUGUUAGGGCUGUAAGAACGAUGCACACGUUAGCAAUUAGUAUCGAAAGUGAUGAGCUGCCUUGUACGAUACCGUAGUGCGGUACGGUUUUAAUCCUUCAGUUUUAAGUCGAUUAGUAAAACGAAAAGGUUUUGCGAUACAAACCUUGGUUAACGCCUCGAACGAAUGUACUGGAAAUUAUAUGUUUGUGCUUGUCAUAAUACUAUUUCUACGUUUAUCCCAUUCCACUCUCUUGUCUUGGACGUGGGUGUAAAAUCAUUACAGAAGGACAGAAAGAGCUAGAGUUAAAGUACACAAAAUGGAAGGGAAAACAGUGAUUAAAUCAUAUGAAAGCAAACGAAGCAAAAACUUUUAAAAACUAUAUAGAAAACCUAAACACAACAAACAAUUUGUUUGGAAAUGACUUUUUCAAAAUACCUUAGAAUUAUGUUUUACUGCUCGUACGCAUAUACUUUAUAAUAAACAAAAGGAAAAAAAAACAGUAGAUUAAA